AUGUCGCGUUCACAUGAUGUUGUGCAAAUAACCUCGUGGCUGCCUUUGGCCAGAGCUGCUGCAAUUGGAUGGGUCCCUUUAGCACGCCAACGCCUUCCAAAGCCGGUUAUAUCUAAGAAUUUUACCUCAGAACUGAGCCACCAUUCUGCCUUUGAUGGCAAAGCCAUUAUAAAUGUCAGUGGUAGACGAUUCGAGAUCCUUAAGAGCAACCUUGAUAGAUAUCCUCAUACCCUGCUUGGAUCUGAUGAAAGAGAUUAUUUUUAUGAUGAUUCAAGAGGCGAAUAUUAUUUUGAUAGAGACCCAGAAAUAUUUCGUCACAUUUUAUCUUAUUAUCGAUGUGGCCACUUACAUUAUCCAAAGCAAGAGUGCGUUCUUGCAUAUGACGAUGAAUUAACUUACUUUCGAAUCGCCCCUGAUGUAAUGGGAGAUUGCUGCUAUGAGGAUUACCAAGAUGGAAAACGUGAAAACACAGAAAGGAUUUUGGAUGAAAAAGCUUCUGUAGAAAAGGCAGCUGAGCUUCCCAAAACUUUUAGGGCAAGACUAUGGUUCGAGUUUGAGAAUCCAGAGGUUUCAACAUCUGCUAUUGUAAUAUACUACGUAACUGGAUUUUUCAUCGCUAUUUCGGUCAUGGCCAAUGUGUUUGAAACUGUUCCAUGCGGAAGAAAACCAGGAACAAAUGAAUCUCCUCCUUGUGGUGACCAAUAUAGUGGUGCUUUUUUUUGUAUGGAUACUGCUUGUGUAAUCAUUUUCACUCUGGAAUAUUGUGCUAGAUUAUAUGCUGCGCCAAAUAGAUGGAAGUUCUUUCAUUCCGUCAUGAGUUUGAUCGACGUUGUCGCCAUUCUUCCAUUUUAUAUAGGUCUUGUGAUGCCGAAUAACAAGGUAAUAUGCAAAUUUUAA